GUGGUCACCGUAGAGCCUGGUUACUACCUCCCCGGCAAGUAUGGAAUCCGACUGGAAAAUGUGAAUGUGGUCGUUGAAGCACCACCCUCUGUGGGUGCCACCGACACCGCUCCCACCUACUUGGCCUUUGAACCAAUAACCCUGGUGCCGUUCCAUCCUAAACUUAUUGCAGUUGAACAGUUGACGUCGGCAGAAAUCGAAUGGCUAGAUGCCUACCACGGUCUGGUCAGGAGAGAGCUGAUGGCUCGCAUUGCUCAGGAUGCCGGUGGUGAUGGUCUUCUAAGUCCCGCUCGUCAGAGGACACGUGACUGGCUUCUACGGCAAACGCAACCAAUCAGAGCAUCCGCGUGA